UUCUCGAUCCCUCCAUGUCAACAAUUCAACGAGUACAGCAUUGUUUCAUACUACACGCUUCGUAUGGAUGUAAUGAUGUUCUAUUGUGUCUAUGAGUAAAAAUGGAUUAAGUUUUGUUCCCCGAGAACAAAGAUCUCCCCAUUUAAUCUGUUCUUCUAGCACAGCUACCUAGGCAUCGCAUUUCGUCACAUUUACCUACCAAGUGAUCUGGUCGUCCCAGCUCGUCUGGCGACGACAACUCCCCAAUCCUCACUAUGGCGACCGAAGAUGCUCGUUAUAGACAGUCGAGUCAAUAUCGGCUGUGGUCAUUCAGCCAGUCCCACCUGGCCACCCUUCGUGAAAAGACCAAUGCCCUCGCCCGAACUCAUAUUUCUAACCGCUUGCGAGCGUCAAACCCAUCCGCUCCCGCCGAAUCCCUACCCGAAUUCUUGACUCCCGCCGAAGAGUGCAAGAUACUCAACCACUUCACAGUCGAACUUCUGCGCGCCGCCUCCUUUUGCAACCUCCCUACCGAUAUCCAGGCCACCGCCGCCAUCUUCCUCCGCCGCUUCUACCUCACCAACAGUGUUAUGACCUAUCCGCCACAAGAACUUAUGAAGACUUGCCUAUUCUUUGGGUGUAAGGCCGAAGGUUAUUUCAUUCGGGUGCAGAAGAUAGCCGACACUUUCCCCAACACAACCAGCGAGAUGAUUCUGGCCGCCGAAUACGUCCUGUGCCAAGGUAUCCGUUUCGCUUUCGAUGUCAGACACCCAUUCCGUGCCUUAGAAGGCGCUAUCAUGGAACUUAGAAGGUUCAGCGACUUCGACGACGAUAGAAUUAACAAGGCGCACGAGAAAACUAGAGCCAUCUUGAAAUUCAGUCCUCUAGUCACCGAUGUCUAUUACCACUACACGCCAAGCCAGAUCAUGUAUGCGGCAUUGGCAAUGGUGGACGAAGAAUUGGUCGAACGAAUACUUAAGGAAGCCUUCGCUGGUCAGAGCGACGAGGCUAGGGACAAGAUUCUAGGCGUGAUACAGGGAUGUAAGGCGAUGCUUGAGGAAGAACCUCCCGAGAAGAUGACCUCCUACUGGGAAGACAAGGAGAUUGUCAAGGGCGUUAAAGCUUUGCGAAGAAAGCUUGCUAAGUGUCGAGAUCCUGAUAGAGUCGAUCUCGUUGCUUUGCAAAAAGUCCGUAGGGAACACGCAUCGCAGAAGACGAAGGCCAAGGGAAGCGCCAACCCUGACGAGAAUGUAUUCGGAAAUGGUAUCAACGACGAGCGUGAGUCUAAGAGGCGAAAGGUCGCUGCUAACGGAGACGACGUAUUUGGUCCGCCUCUAUGAACACAGGCCUCAAGCAUAAUCAAUCGCUGACAAACAAUACUCUGACCACGCCAGCUUACCGACUUUGCCUCGCGCAUAUUAAAUCGACAUAUCCUGGCAUGAUGGUCAAGUAGGGCAUAAUGAGAGAGACACCGUUGACGAUGUGUCGUCACUUUGCCGAGAUAGUCGAAUUGCACAUGACGAGGACGAGGUGAUCAACCCGGGC